UUGCAUUACCAUGAUUCGAAAUGGUUUACGUUUCGUAUUAAUACCAAAAGAAAUUAGUGGAAUAAAUUCAAAGAAAAUUCAGAGAGUCUGUUGUUCGUUCAAGAUUUGUCAUCUAAAAAAAUAUUGAACUUGUCACUGACUGGUGUCGUAAAAUCAGAUCCGAUGUUUUCACGGAUAUCGUUGAAGAUUGCAAAUCGUCCAACUAGUUCAAUGACACAAAACGAAUCGGAUUUGGUGAAUAAAAGCCGUCGUGCACUGGCAAACGGUAAAAAUAAAAAGCCAAUAGAAAAACUUCGUCUAUUGUGUCUGGCCCGUGGUGCUACUGGAAUAUACGGCCUAGGCAGGGCAUUCCGUCGCAUGGAUGAUGAUGGAAACAAGCAACUUUCGCUCGAAGAAUUUAUCAAAGGACUCGAUGACACCGGAAUGGAUUGCUCGGUCGAAGAAUCAACGGAUAUAUUUAAUGAAUUUGAUGCAGACGGUUCAGGGUCGAUAGACAUGACCGAGUUUUUAAUUCAAUUAAGACCUCCGAUGAAUCAAGCUCGAAUUUCGGUCAUUGAACAGUGCUUUAAGAAACUAGAUAAAACUGGUGACGGAGUUGUUACGAUCGAUGACUUAAAGAACGUCUACUCAGUGAAACAUCAUCCUUUGUACGUCAGUGGCGAAGCAACAGAGGAAACAAUUUUGAAGAAAUUUUUAUCAACUUUCGAAGAGGGAGGUGAUGUAGACGCUAAGGUAACACAUGAAGAAUUCUUAAAUUACUAUUCAGGAAUAAGUGCCUCCAUCGAUCAUGACGGUUACUUUGAUCUGCUACUCCGGCAAUCGUAUAAAUUGUAAUUCCAUCAUGAGCUGUAUUACAGAAAGAAAAUACCAUCCCGCUCACAAUGACCAACUCUGGAUUUGACCAUUUUUUUUAAAUGAAUUUAACCAUGUUGUUUGUAAAUGGAAAUGGCAUUCUUCGUUCUCGAGAAUGAUCUCACAAUAAUUUUUUCGUAAAAGUUUAUAUUUUGCACGAUACGUUUCCAAAAAGUUAAUGAAUGUUAUGCAGUCUCUAAUAUGUGUCUGUUUUGCUGCUUUGUUUUUGUCAUCAAAAGGAAUCGUAAGACUGAGUGAACUGUUUUUGACCCAUAGCAUUUUUUGAAUCGACUUUUUACUACUGUGAAGCCAAGACGGCAUAGCACGGCUCCUAGCAAUAAUAU